AUGCCAUGCCAAGUCUUCUUCCUUUCAGUUUCCCCCUUUCACAAACCCAAUACACAUGAAAAUGCAACCAUAACCUCCAUUUUCUCAGACCUCACAAUUUCUCCAAAUCCUUCAGAUCUUUGUAUGAGAACUAUAUCCCACAUCGAUCAAAUAAAGACAAGAACAUCUAUAUAUAAAAAUAGAGAAAAUAGAUCGUUAUCGGUUGGUGUUUUCCCUGUCCAAGCCUUGAAAAUGAGAGACUUAGUCUCAUGCUUCAGCGAUAACGCAGUGAACGUGUCUCAUUCAUCAAUCUCGUGUUCUUCAUAUUCAAACAACGCUUGCAUCUCUCCCUCUAACAUUGCACCUUCCACCCAGAACUCAGUCUCCAGCGUCUACAAACUAGUCCUCUCCACGCUCAAGCAAUUUCUUGUCACAGUUACAUGGUGUCGGAGUCACUCCAACCAAGGACUCACCAUAACUUUCAACGACGAGGACCCUCCACCGUUCAGACUCAACACCAAUUCACGCUUCUUCAGGAAGAAAAAGGGCACAAAAAUUCUCGAACCUUCUUCUUCUGACUCAUCCAAGGUGGAAAUCUUGUGGGAUCUUUCAAACGCCAAGUAUGAAUCUGGUCCCGAACCCGUUCAAGGCUUUCACGUUGUGAUCAUCAUUGACUCGGAAAUCGGUCUGGUUCUCGGUGACACCGCCGAAGAAACAGUUCUUUCCAAGAGGCUCAAUUUUAGAAGCAACACAAACACGAACACGGCUUUGGCUAAGGCUUCUCUUUUGUCACGUAGAGAGCAUUGUUCUGGGAACACCCUUUACACCACCAAGGCUCAGUUCUGCGACACUGGUACAUGGCACGAUGUUAUGAUCAGAUGCAGUGUGGAGAAGGAGAGUGAAGGGUUGCUCAAGUCACCGGUUUUAUGCGUCUGCAUUGAUAAGAAGACUGUGAUUCGUGUGAAGAGGCUGCAGUGGAAUUUCAGGGGGAACCAAACCAUUUUUGUUGAUGGGUUGCUGGUUGAUUUGCUUUGGGAUGUUCAUGACUGGUUCUUCAACCCUUCCUCUUCUUCUUCUGCGUAUGCAGUGUUCAUGUUCAGGACUAGGAGUGGCAUGGAUAGCAGGUUGUGGUUGGAAGAAAAGAAUGCACAGAAAGAUAAAGACAGGGUUGAAUUCUCCUUGGUGAUCUAUGCCUGUAAGACUUCAUAA